UAAAAAGUACAAAUGAAAAAUUAGUUUUCUUUUGCUGUCAAAUCCUACCGGCUGCGCCAGAAAUAUGCAAACAUAUUAUACAAUACCAUUAAUGGUAGUGCAUCCGUUUCAAAAACCGUUUUGUGUAUUGUUCAUUUCGCUAGCGCUGUUAUUUUACUUUUUGCAAUCGCGAAAAGAGGUCCCUUACAAUAUGAAGUUCGUCUCCAAAGAAAACUCCACGGCUACGUUGACGGGUGAUAUUUUCGAGAAUCCAUUUAAAGGAUUCCCCAACCCGAACGAGUCAAGCUCCAGGGAGGGUUUCGACAUAUUAAAGUUCUUAAAUUCUUCGCUGCUUGGAGACGACGAAACGGAAAAGUCUUUGGGGACAAAUGAAAUUAAGCAUGUUUAUAUAUUGGGCCUGUUCGAGUUAACUAGGAAAAAUGGCGAGAGGCGAAAAGAAGGAGAGAGCGAAUUAAUGGCUGCCAGGAUAGCGGUGCAACACGUAAACGCUCUUAAUAUUUUACCUGGUUAUAAAUUGGCUCUGUUAGUCAAUGAUACGCAGUGUGAUCCCGGGGUGGCGAUAGACCGAUUAUUUCACACAAUUUAUUCGAAUAAAACGAUUGUUAUGCUGUUAGGAGCUGGAUGCUCUAAUGUAAGUGAAGCAUUGGCUCAUAUUGUGCCAUAUUGGAAUAUUAUUCAGGUCUCAUACGGUUCCAAAUCUCCAAUACUCUCGGACCGCAACAAAUUUCCCCUUUUCUUCCGAACCGUAGCUCCAGAUUCCAGCCACAAUAUUGCGAAAACCCACUUCAUAAAACACCACUUUUGGCAAGUGGUCGUCGCUUUUAGCCAGAGUGAAAACCGCUACCUACUACCGAUAAAUCAUUUGAUUACCGAAUUGGAAAGGGAAAAUGUUAGUUGUGUAUCCACCGUUACAUUUACAUUGGAUAACUAUAAGGAACAACUGAUUUUUCUAAAGAAUCUGGACAUACGCAUCAUUAUAGGGAGUUUUUCUUUAAGAAUGGCACCAUUAAUAUUUUGCAAGGCGUUUGAAUUGGGAAUAUAUGGAAAUGAAUACCUGUGGAUACUUGAGAAUCAUGACAUACCAUGGUGGCUUAACCAGCCAGGUGAUUGCGAUAAGAAUGCUCUAAAAAUAGCUAUAGAAGGAGCUAUAAUGGUUGGAGACUAUGAUUAUAGUGAGGAGUCGCCAACCAAAAGUGAAGAGUACAUUACAAAGUAUGCAAAUACUAUAGCAAAUGUCUCCAGAUAUGCAAAACAGAGCUACGAUGCCAUAUGGACGAUGGCUUUAACGUUAAGUUCAUUUAAUCCAGAUUUUGUUACUAAUUUUGAUUAUGGAAAACAUGAAGUUGUUUGUGGGUUUUUCGAAGUAAUGAAGCGGCUGAAGUUCGUUGGACUAUCAGGCCCUAUUAAGUUUCAUGGUGCGGAUCGAAUAGGAGAUUUUGUUGUAAGUCAAAUUCAAGCUGUCAAGUCCAAAUUUAAACAACUUAACGGUCAUAGGAUGCAUCCUUGUAUACCUCUCCGUGAUAAUUUUUGCUUAUCACAGCUUUACCAAAGAUACGGGGCCAACUCUGGACCAACUAUGUUUGAACUAUUUAUCAUGGAACAAUUCGACCCAAGCACAUACAUAUGCGCCCAAAUGGCCGAGAACAGAACGAACGUCUCACUGAACCCUUGGGCUUACAUAAGUUGCUUCUAUGGUCCACAGACACAAGAACUACCUUUAACAUUACUUAUCACAGUGAUAAACGGCAUUAUAUUUAUCACAGGAGUACUGGGCAAUAUAGCAGUUUGUAUAGUGAUAAUAAAACAGCCCACGCUGCAUACCGCUACGAACUACUACUUAUUUAAUCUGGCAGUCUCCGAUGUUACACUCCUUAUAUUUGGUUUACCAAAUGACGUUGCAAUGUACUGGCACCAAUACCCUUGGCCCUUCGGACUCUACUUCUGCAAAUUUCGAGCCCUUAUUUCGGAGACAGCUUCGUACGUCUCAGUGCUCACAGUGGUGGCGUUUUCCACUGAACGAUACAUAGCCAUUUGCUAUCCGCUCUAUCUACGGGCCAUUUCAGGACUUCAAAGGGCCAUUUGGAUCAUAAGUGCUUUGUGGGUGGUGUCGUUUUUAUGCGCUUCGCCCUUUGCUGCCCUUACGAAGAUAUCUUACAUAUAUUAUCCAUAUAACACUACCAAUAUUGUCGAGGAAUCGGCAAUGUGUGCUAUGGUGGGCCAACCGGAGAACUUGCCAUUGACAGAACUAAGUAGCAUAAUAUUUUUUAUACUGCCCAUGGUAAUUAUUGCGGUAUUAUAUACAAAUAUGGGAAUAACGAUCGCAAAAACGUCUAAGAACAAGUUGGAGAGUAAAAUGAAAGGGUCGAUACAUCGCAAGAAUAAGAAGAACCAAAGCAAUAGAAGUAUCAUACGGAUGUUAUCUCUGGUGGUACUCGGAUUCUUCAUGUGUUGGGCCCCCUUCCACGCCCAACGCCUCAUGACAAUCUACUUCAAAGACAGCGAGGCUAUCGAAGAAGUCAACUACUGGAUGUUCUUUAUCACCGGACUCUGCUACUACUUCUCCUCCACCCUUAACCCCAUCUUAUACAACGUCAUGUCCGAGAAAAUGCGCACCGCCUUCAGGGAAGUGUUCUGUGGUCUUAAAGGGAAAAAAACCCCAAGACGUUCGGGCACUUUUAAAGACACGAGUCAUACGUACGUUUCGAUGCACAAGAAUCACAGUCAUAAUCACCGUAAGUUCGAUGGGCUCGAGGAGGAUUUGUUCAUUUGUAAGGACAGUACCAGUAAUUUACUGAGGGAGAGUCAGAAGAAUGGGAAGAAGUGUUGCUAUAAAAGUGAUAGUGUGCAAGGGAUUAUGAGUGAAACUGGGGUCUAAGAUGGUGGCCUGCUAGAUUAAGGUUUAUGUGUAAAUAUAUUUAUUAAAUGGA